AUGUUGUUUGCCUCUUCAUUCUCCUCCACCUGCCCCGCCCCUGGCCCCGCCCCUUACCCCGCCCCUGGCUCCGCCUCCAUCUCUGAUAACUGCAGGCUUUGUUCUGGGUCCAGCUGGUCGUCUCGCUCUGCAUCUCUGGUCCUCGACCACGCGGUGGCGCUCAGCUCAGGGACGCUCCAGGCCAGGACCUGGCCUUUCCGCCACACGACCACCAGUCAGAAGAUCUCAGUCAGCUCACCGUUGGUUGAGCGGUGGGGGGCUCUGAGAGGCGUGGUGGGUGAGCUGCUGUCCCUCCUCUCUCCCCAGGACGGAGCCAUGCUCUGUGGGGAGGAAUCGUGCUGGCGGCCCCUGGAGCAGGCGCUCCACCGACUGGAGGGGCUGCAGGCGGACUCCCAGUGGACGGCCCUGCUGGAGGCCUGUGGCUCUCUGCUGUCGGCCACGGAGGGCGCCGUCCCCGACGACAACGUCCACAAGCUGAGGGUGGCGGACCUGGCGCUGGACGCCUGCGUGAACCUGGGCGUCUGGGGGAGGGCCCUCACCUACGGGCUGAAGACCCUGCCCGCCUACAGGCGGUACUACCCUGACCCCCAUCCGGCCCACGGCCUGCAGCUGAUGAGAGUGGGGAAGCUGCAUCACUACCUCGGGAACACCGAGGAGGCUAUGGACCUACUCAGACAGGGCUAUGAGAUCCUCAGGAUCACCCACGGUGAGGAGAACCCCCUGACCCAAAGGCUGUCCCUGAAGCUGGAGCAGUGUCGCGCUGAGAUCCGCCUCUCCUAGCUCGCUGUGGUCCAAUCCCGCGCUGAGAUCACCUCUCCUAGCUGGCUGUGGUCCAAUCCCACGCUGAGAUUACCUCUCCUAGCUGGCUGUGGUCCGAUCCCGCGCUGAGAUCACCUCUCCUAGCUAGCCGCCAUCCAGCGUUGAGAUUGACUUCGUAAUCGUCGACUUUAUUCAAGAUGUUUAUUUCAAUUUCCUCAUCUAUCAGGCCGACCACCUCAGAAAUGAUUUAUUUUUUUACAUAUUUUGCAGAGGUAGGUGUCUGCAUUUGUAGAAAAUAAUCUACACCAAUUACCCCUGUAAACCACUGUACAAUAAGGUGAUAUCUCUUCCAAACUUUUGAUUAAAAAAACCUGUCCCAA